AAGAAGAGUGUGUCUAUGGCGAAGCGACCGGAUUUUGCACAGAAGCUGUUGGAUGACAUCAGGAGGAGGAAGGAGAAGCUGGGAUAUGUUGCAUCGUCAUCGGGACAGCAACCGGCGCAGCCACCUGCUUCUGAGUAUCAUGUCAGCUCCCGACGGUCGUCCAGAGGAACAGGAGACGUAAUGAAGAAGAAGAAGAACUAUAGCAGCAACAAUCCGGUCAGCGCACAAGUGACGGAAAUAUGGUUCAGCACCAAACAUAACAAAACAGCUGCUCCUCAAGUUGCUUCACGGGAGAUUGUUCCUGUUGGAAGAGCCACAAGCAUUCAGAAUUCUGUCGAUGUGUCAAUGGCACUAGCACUGGCACUCAGUAAUAGUGGAAAACUUCAUUACAUAGCUAAAUUUGGUAACGAGCUCAUUCCACAUAGUGGAUCUAUAUAUUAUGCAGGAACUGCAAAUCAACACUUGUUAUACAGCACGAAACAUCAUGCCGAUCGAUAUCCUUUUUUAUCCAACUUGCAAGUCGGUGAAAUAUCAAAAGGUGUUCAGAAAUUGAAUAAGAUCCUCGAAACCUUCUCCGAUAGGACAAAUUUUGGAAAGGAUUCAAUUCAGAUUGGAAGAGAAUUGUUGAAAGGGGCCAUAGAUUUGGAAGAGUCAUUGAAAAUGCUUGCCACCCUGCAGGAGGCUUCAGAUUACAUGGUUGGCUCUCAAGGGAGGCAGAUCAAAUUGCUCGAGGGUGUGGAAGACGAUGAAACAUCUGACGUCAAAGACAAUCGGAAGGCUCUAAUGUACAAGCCCAGAAUUUCUUUUGAUGGGUCCAUCAACCAUUUCUACAAAUUCACCAAAGCAAAUGAUGAUACCAGAAUUCAAGGGCAGAGAAAAACGCCAUCAUCUUCUAUGAAAAAAAGCAUAGCCAAAACAAAUUAUAGUCAGAGUUCAUUAGAUGCAUCAACGCAAGUCGCUACACACAAACAGUCUCUGAGUUGUGGUCCUGGAUCGCUGCCUAAUUCCUUGUAUUCAGGCAUUACACACAAACAAGGCCAUGGUGGUGAACCUGGAAACUUCUCAACUGGUAGUGGCAAGUUCUCUGCUUCAAAGAACACCAAGCAGUUGGAUCCUAAAAGCCUGGUGAGCAGCAGUGUAAGAAUGCCAAAUAUUGUUGCUAAACUUAUGGGCCUUGAAGAACUUCCGAUGCCCAAGGCUGAGGGGAAAAAAGUUGAAGGAAAGAAAGAACCGAAGUCUAAGAAAGAGAUGGUGAUAGGUCAGACGUCAAUAGCAGAUGAAAAAGUGAGAAAAGAGAACAAGAUUCUGAAUGAAAACGGCAUUGACGAAACUAAGGACAAAAGCAGCAAGGAGAAGACAAAUUAUAUACGGAACAUGACUCCAUUGUCAAAUCAUGCACCAAAGAGGCAUCUUGAAAUCAAUAGGAAGAUCGUGAACAUCGAUAUAAACCACAGUUUAAAAGAAGGGAUAGCCAAGAAGAAUUUGGUACAACUGAGAGAAAAGGCAGAAAAAGAAGAAGAGAGAAGAAACAUAUCUGAAUCAGUUCGCCAGCUUAUCAGCAAAUCAAACCAAGAAGGUGACCUGCAAAGAACCAAAAAGAAGCAACCGUCCAUCAGCCAUGAUGAAGCAGCUGCCAAUAAAGAUACAUGCAUGAACCAAAAGGACAAUGACCAAGAUUGCUUAGCUCUUCCAAGCAAUCAGACAAACACCCGAGGGUCGUUGCAAAAAGCAGCAGUCAAAGUAAAACCCAAAUAUGAAGUUUGUGAAAUUGCAAAAGAAAAAGAGCGUGCUACAAACAUCAAGUUGAAGGCCACCGCAGCAACAAAAAGUGAACAGAAAUCUAGGAAAUCUACCGAGAAAAUAAGCAUGCAUAAGAUGUUAUCUAGCGGCACAGUUGUAGCUAUAGAAAGAAAUUCAGAAAAGGAUAGAAAUGUAGAGCAACCAAAAGGACAUGCAAAGAGCAGUCAUCAAGAGAUGCAAAACACAAUGGAGAGAAACUCUGCCUAUGUUGAAUUGGAUAGAACAUCAUCACAUAAGAACUCUGAAGAUACGAAGCUCUUACAGAGAUAUUCAAGAACUGAUAAAGAGCUGCCUCAAAUUCUGGUGAAAACAUUGAUGAAGCCUGUAAAUUUUCCAACUGCAAAGAAAGUAGAUACAGCAAACAUGAAAGUUCAGAAAGGUGAAAGACAUAAAGUUCUAGGGGACAGUUCUGGAUAUAAUAGAACACAAAAUGAGAAAAGACAGCAAUCAUCCUUCUUACAUGAUCUGGAGAAGAGAUGGAAAGAAAGAAUCAGUAAAGAAAAAGGAACAAAAGUUAGCUUUCAUGAAACAAAUUCAGAACAACAUCUAGAGCAGAAAACUAAAUCAACCUUGGUGUCAGAUAAUUCUUCAGUUGAUGCUGGCGAAGACAAAGAAGUAUUAGAAGAGGAGACAGUUGCGGAGACCAAUGAUCAUGACAUAAUAAAAUCAGCUUUUGAGGCUUUACCAGAGCAAGAAGCUUCCAUCAGUGUAGAUUCAGAACCACAACCUUACAACAACAGGGAAAAGCUGACAGAAGAUGUAAAUAACAACAUGCAGCUUAGCAAUUGUAAUACCCUAAAUCAGAUGAGUCAGGCAAUAUCUGAAGUAAAUGGACAAGGUUCACUUACCAAGGAUGAACAUUUCCUCAUGCAACUUCUGAUUAACAAUCAGCAUUUCCGCAACACAGCACAAGAAAUUUUCAAAAUUGAUAUUCCAGUUGGUGUUCUACAAACCAGCAACCAGGCUUGUCCAAAAGAGGAAAACAAGUUACUUUUAGACUGUGGAUAUGAGUUACUGAGGAGAAAAGGGAAAAGAGAGGUUACCUGUGCCAUGACAAGGCCUCAUGCAACAGGGGAAGCUAGAUACCUGGAUGCACUGAUGAAGGAAUUGAAUGAUGAUCUUGAGAGUCUUAAGUUCCCCAAAGAAACUACAUAUAAUGAUGACAUUGCUGAAUUCCUUCACAUGAUACUUGCAAGAGACAUUGAAAAUAGUAAGCCAGAUAUAAACUGUAUGUGGGAUAUUGGUUGGAACAGCAGUAUAUUUGCAUCAGUUGAAAAGGACGAAAUUGUAAGGGAUAUGGAGAAGCAUGUAUUGAAUGGACUCAUCAAUGAGCUAGCUAGAGAGCUAGUCGAUGCAACCAUCAAUGUUUCAUAAAGAACAAUUCUGAAAACUGCUUCAUGCUUUGCAUUAAUAUUGUGGAAAUCCAAAAUUGCUAUUUAGUGGUGUAGCAAGAAAA